GACAUACACAAAUUACCGGGCGUACGGGGUUCGCGCAAAACGACAGCCAGUCGGAGAUAAACGGGCGGAUAAAAAAAAAUCAGUAUCCGAGACGACUGAAUCGGACAGACAGACAGACACAGACAGCGAAUAUCGCAGAAGAGAGUGGUUGCCGUCGCCGCGGCCGCUGCCGGAGCAGAGCACAGACCAGCACACAGAGAAGAGUCGGUCUAGUUACGGAUCGAUCGAUUCUGUCGGUUCAGUCUAGCACCAGACAUUUACCGAGUCGCGCAUGCGUUCUCCUGCAUCUCUCGCCGUCAUCAUCGCAGCGCAGCAGCAGCAAAAUACACAGACAAGAGGAAGCAAAGACGAAAAGCCCGCAAAUAAGUUUGCUUAGAACAGCGUAACAGUGGCAGCAUCAGCAGACGAGGAAAAACACUACUUUAGGAAAGUGGCCCCGCGCACGUUCCGCAGCGGAAUCGAACGAGAACGAACCAUAGUGCGCGAAAAAGUGCGUUCUAUCGCGCAGUCAUCAAGUGCAUGUUCCUACGGCAGGCAGCUAGUGCCGUACAACAAUUUUCCGGAGAAUUUUUCGCAAGUGGAAAAGAUCAUCACAAUUUUCAGCUCGGCAAAACUUUGUGUGUGAGAAAAUAUCAAGCAAAAUACGCGAACCAACAGCAGCAGACCAAGGGGGCAGACGGGUGAAAAGAAGAAAAAAAAAGUGUCACUCUGUCGCCGUCGUUGUCACAAACACCUAGCUGCUGGUGCCGACAGCCGUCGGAGAUAAAACGCGCGACACAUUCGUCGUCGUCGUCGUCGUAAGACUUUGCGCGACUUUGACUUUAUGUAACAUGUUAUCGCGAAAAGAGUAGGCUGUGCUUUGUGGGAGCAAACACACAGGAAAAAGGGGGAAAAAGAACAAUCGGUCGGUGAUCUUCUGCUGAUCCUCUACUGACACGCAUCGGUAAGUGCCACGUGCAACCGUGUGUGCGAUACUUUUUUCUAGUCUCUGAUCGGGAUCAACUCAAGCAAAAAAAAACUUGUGACCGACUUAGUGUGAUUAGCCAAAAAAAACAACAGAGAUUAAACAAACAGAGAACGGUGGUGAAAGACGAAAAAGGACGUAGUCCUGGAAGAAUACACACACACACAUCGUAGUAAGGUGGGUGGUGACGAACCGAGGCAGAGUAAAAAAAAGGUGUGAAAACUAACAGUACCUGCUGCACACACCAACAGAUUCGGCACACUGCAGCAGCAGCAGCACUCUACAACACCACGAGAAAGUGGGAGAACACACCGAAAGUGUAGACCAAAAGGAAGCGGUAUCCUAGUCGUGCGGUGCAUUUCAGUUUCGAUCGAGCGACGAAGCAGAACCCCUCCGACGACGAUAGCGACGAUACAACGACCGAGGUCUUCUCACCGACGAUCGAGUAUUAGAGCAGGUCAUGAUUACUCAUCUAUAUUUAUUAAACACAUCAUAGUAGCCGUCGCUGCGAGGACCGACAAGCAGAAGAAGGCAGCAGCAGCAACCCGUCGCCCCCGCACGCGCGCUCACACAUUUUUUUUCGCGUGUGUCUCGCUCGCCUCUAAAGCAUCUUUUGCUUCUCGCGGGCGCGCAGCCAUAAAUCGUAGCAGGCUAUCAUCCGGCGAAUUCGCGUAUAAAUUUGAAUUUUUCCCACGACAACUUGAUUGCCGCGCCGCCGCCGCCGCCACCGAGCAAUGAAGGCGAUGGUGUUAUAAAUAGUGGAAAACAAGAGAGGAAAAUGGAAGAACCAAAGUGUCUGCCAAGUGUCUAAUUUAUGCCGGCGAAGUGGUUAGAAUUGUGCAGUGAUAAAAGUGUUUGGAAAAUAUUUUUUUUGCCGAAAGAAAAAAAAACAGAUUGCAACGGUAGUGUAACAUAUAAGCUAGAGAGAAAGAGUGUUUGUGAAAAGAAAUUUAUAAAAAAAAUACAGAAAAAUCAUCCACCCAGUUAUUCGUGUGUUAUCGUCUAGUUUUUUUUUCGUGUCAGAACCGAGUUCAGCGAAAAUGAUCGCAAAACUGGCACUAUCGACCGGGAUGGCAGUAGCGGCGGUACUGCUGUUCUUGGCCCUAACCGGGCCCAACCUAGUAGGCGCCCGUCGCCUUUCGCCGCUGCUGGUGGAGGACGAAGGUGCCCGCCGGAAUCGACCAGCUGAAUGCCUAUUCGGCAAAACGCUCCGCGAGCUCGGUUCCACCUGGUUCGCCGAUUUGGGACCCCCCUUCGGCGUCAUGUACUGCAUCAAGUGUGAAUGUGUGCCGGUACAGAAGAAGCGCCGAAUAGUAGCACGGGUUCAGUGUCGUAACAUCAAGAACGAGUGCCCGAAACCGACGUGCGACGAACCGAUCCUGCUUCCGGGAAGAUGCUGCAAGAGCUGUCCAGGGGAUUCAUACAACAGUCCCGACAUAGCACAUGAUCUCCCGCAGGCAGUGAUGCCCGAAGAGGAAGAACGAAGCAAACAUUUUGCCGCCCUCCUAACCGGUCGCACCUCGUCGAUACUGAAACGGGACGACAUGAAAUCGAUGUACUCGACCAUCAAUCCGUUGAACAUUGUCGCUACCGGACGCUUCGCGUUCCACAAGAAGAACCUGUACUACAGCUUCUACAUUUCGGAGAAAGCCCCCCGCCCUCGUUCGAUACAGUUUGUCGACAGUCAGGGUAACAUCCUGGAGGAACAUCCCCUCGUAAUCCCUGCCGAGGGACCCUUCAGCGUGUAUCAGAAUGCCACCGGAAAGAUUUGCGGUGUCUGGCGUCGGGUACCUCGUGACUAUCGACGAUUGCUGCGCGACGAUAUGAUGAAUGUUGUGUUGCUGUGGGGUGGAAAAUAUCAAGCUGAACUGGCAAUCGCUGGACCUAUUGGAAAGUAUCCAGCCUUACCGCAGGAACUGUUUAGUUCAUUGUUAGAACCGGCACCAGGAACCAAUCCGGAACAGAUGAAUGGAGCCGGAGGUACGGCCAUCGUUUCCACUAAAAGUGGCGUCACAUCCUCCAUCUAUCUAACGCUUGUGCUGAACGGAGUGUUUUCAUCGGACGACAUCGCGGAUGUACCGCUAAAUAUUCGCUUGGAGAUGCAGAAUAAGGAUCAGAUUAUCCUGGAGGACGUCCAGCGUGUUAAGAAACCAGCCCAUGAUAUUAACGUGAUCGAAGUUUCGUCUCCACUUUCGGUGAACGAUCUGAGAUUGUUGACCAGAGGAAAGCUAACCGUGGUUGUCGAAUCGAAACGUAAACCGGAUGCGCUCCGCAUUCAAGGCACCAUUCAGACACGUGUGGCUUGUGAGGUAUUCCAAACUCUACUAGCUUCCCACAAUCCAGAGUCUCGCACCGAUAGCAGCGGUUUAGCUUGGAUGUACCUCAACAAGGAAGGCUCACUGCUGUACAACAUCCAAACACACAACCUUCACAUGAACUACAAUCCGGUCAUUACACUGAUCGAUGACAGCGCUAAACGUAAGGCGGAAAUCGAAAACCUGAGCUUCAACUCCGAUCACGUAUCCGGUACUGUGGACCGCAUGGGACCACGAGUUUUGGAGCCGCUCUAUUCGGGCGACUUGGCUAUCAACGUAGCGAACGAUUUGAAUCUCAAUCUCAUCCAUGGAAAAUUCGUUGCCCGGCCCGUUGCCGACGCUCGUGAUUCGAAUGCACCGGUACUGUUGAAGCGUAUCGGGAACUCGAUCGCUCCACCACACUCCGUUGGUAUGGCCUGGCUAGCCGUCGAUAACGAAUGCAAUCUACACUACGAAGUGACAUUGGCCGGUGUUCCAAGUGCGUACCACCCGGUUCAACUCUACCUGGAGGAGCUUCCGAUCGAGGCACCAAACGCUCCGAUAAGCCGAACACUGCUGGAAGACUUCAACGGGAACUAUCUGGAAGGUUUUGUACUCGCGAUGUCCGCCCAUGAGCUAGCCAAGCUGGAAACCAGUGUCAUUUAUCUGGAAAUACGCUCGAAAUCGAAAGACGAACCUAUCUUGAAGGCCAAACUCAAAUCGACCAAAAUACCGAACCACUGCACCGGCAAUCAGCACAUCGACAAUGACGUACAGAACAAUUCCGUCAUUUCGACGCCACACGACAACAACUACAUCCCGAUGGGAGCCACGAAAUGCUAUCACUCUUCCCGCUUCCACGACGAGGGAGACCAAUGGCACAGCGCACUGGAGUCCUGUACGAUGUGCUCCUGCGUACACAAACGCGUCAAGUGCGAACCGAUCCGUUGUCCCCCGCUGAAGUGCCGGAAAGAGGAUAUUAUGCAGAAGAAGGACGAUUGCUGUCCGACCUGUGCAGUUUCGAAAUACUCCGACGACACUAGACUGGUGGUCGCACCCCGCGGCUGCAAGCUAGGCGAUCAAUUCUACGACGCCGGUACGACCUGGCAUCCCUAUCUGCCCCCGAACGGCUACGAUACCUGCACCGUGUGCACCUGUGAUGCUCUCUCGCUGGAAAUCAACUGCCCGCGGACACAGUGUCCACCGUUGAACUGCAGCGAAAAGGUAGCCUACCGACCGGACAAGAAAGCCUGCUGCAAAGUGUGCCCUCAGAUAAAAGUACGCACAACCCGUCCCGGCAAUUCCGACGAAAUGGGCGAUCAGGGCAGCAGCAGCGGCUCACUGAAAUCAACACAGACAAUCCUGGCCAACGGUGGCUGCACCUACAAUGCCAACAUCUACGAAAACGGUCAAGAGUUCCAUCCGAUUCUGGCGACGCACGGUGAACAGAAGUGCGUCAAGUGUUCUUGCAAGGAUGGCAACAUCAAGUGCGAACGGAAGCGAUGCGCCCGGUCCGCGUGUAGUCGGCAGCACGCCCGACGAAACACCGUCGUGGACGAGUGCUGCCAGUGUCAGAAAACUGGCCGCCAUCAGCACCGACGGCGACAGCAGCACCAGAAUCAGCGGCAGCCCCAGCAAACGGCUAUAUCUGUAAAAAGUUGAAUUGAUUAGGUUUCGAGUGUUUUUUUAAACUUCUUUUUUUGUUUGAAUGCUCUAUCUAAUGGGAUAGCGCUUGCGAAGGGAAGUUGAGCAGACCCGAAAGGAUUGAUCAGUGAUAAAGUUUAGUGUGCCAACGUAUUGUUUUUUUAUAUGUUUUGUAAGAGAGACAGAGUGUAAGAAUGGAUUCGCAUGUCCGGGACAGAGCGUGUGUUUGUAUUUAUUACAAUGUAUAACUUCAUAGCAGUAUCAGAAUAGGAAGGAUCUACGCGCGAAUGUAUAAUGGGUUAAGAUUGCGUAGAAAACUGUUUUUUGGAACGCAAAAAUCAUUAACUUUAAGGUCACGAGCGCAUAUCUAAACUGUAGGGUAAGUCAUAAGCUUGAUUUUGAGGAAGAACUAUGUGGGGGGUUAUAAAACCGAUUUUGGCAGAGUAUUUGUUUUACUGUUCGCAAACCAAAUCUUUAUGAAAAUUCUAUGCAGGGUAUUUAGCGAGGAACGGGAGAACAGAAAUAAUUGGAAAUUUCUUAUUUUAAAGAAACAAUUCCAGUUGAAACAAUUUUUGUAUCAGAGAACAAUAUUUAUAUUUUUACAAAUAGUCCUAUAGGUUUACUACACGCUAGAUAGUCUUUAAGUGAACAUAUUUAUUCUAAAGAUAGUUCUACUACUGAUCAGAGCAGCAGUAAAGAAGAAUAGAUCAUUCGCAUUUAAACUACUACAAAAUAAGAGCAGAACUAAAACAUAAACAAUAGGAAAGUUGUAAAUGCUUUUAAUCUAAACACACAUAAAUGCUAAAUUUGAGAUUAUUUAAAGGAUUGAUAGCAAUAAACAUCAGAUUUCAGAGCAUAUUCUGGAUUAGAGUUUAGAAUUCAACUUUGUUUUUUUGUAUAGACAUUUAUUAUCCAAUAACUUUUGCUUAAAUGCAUUGAAAAGUAAACCAUAAAACGUAACCAAUGCACGGAAAAGUGUUCUAAAAUUUGUCCCUCGAAAGCAAUAAAAAAAAAACAACAAAAAGACCUAUAAUUGUUCGAGUGCGAUCAAACCUACUCUCUCCUGGAAUGUGCGAAGGAAUGAUCUUUCCGACACCAAAAUGGAGUCAAGCGCCUAACAACACUACAGUCAUCAGGGGGAAAGAAACUAUGUGUUUUGGAAGUAAUAUUGUUUCUAGAAAGACAAUCUAGUCACGUGCGUUAGCGCUACCCAGAAAAUAUAAGAAAAAUCAGUUUUUUUUGUUAGAACUCAGACCACAACACUCAGCGAAAAAAGAAAGGAAAACCUCCGCGAACGGCACACAGCACCAGAAGCAAUCAAUUAGCAGCAGGCAUUUGCGUCGGAGUAUCGAAGAGAGAAAAAUCAGAAAACAUUUGCGGAAUAGAGACGAAAAAACACACAAUAGAAACUUAAUCAAUUCAUAACACAUACACAUGUGCGAUUGCUUUUUUCUGCUAAGCAAUACAGACAAACUUAGGUCGACAAGAAAAAGCAACAACUCUUGAAAUGUUUUUUUUUUCCUGUUACCACGUACCAAAGAAGACUGAUAUAUUAAAUCUUGAAAGUAAACACGAAAACAAAGUUGUAAUAAAUUUGCUAAUACGAAAAAAAAAUUGCAACCAUCUUUUGGCGCUUAAAAAAGAGAACAAUCUGUCGAAAGUAAGCAAACACAUACAUACAUACACACACGCUAGUAAUAUUUGUGACCUUUUUUUUCCGAAACUAGUAGCAUACUACUUUCGAUACUUAACAUGCGACGGUUAAACGGUUUCGAACGCAAAAAAAACAAAAUCCUACUCAUCCGAUUCGUUCGACGAUUUCUCGGCGGUAUACUUUAUGUAAUACAGUAUUUUACAAACAGUUAGCAUUGUUUUUUUGUUUUUCUUCUUCUUUUUUACAAACUCAGUUUCGUUUUCCGCCGCAAGCUAGCAGUCCUUAACCAGUCACUUGAGUUACAUUUGUUUGAGUUUUUUUUUGUUGCGACAAGCACAUUACAAACGCGGAUAAUGCCAAGCAUUACCGCGAAACAGCAUCAGCAAGCGAAACGAUCAGACAGAGAAGAAAUCCAAGCAUGCCAUAAGUUUUUUUUUAUGUUGAUGAAUAUAAAUUAUUAUAAAACUAUAUAGUUCUAGUGUAGUAACCAAUCGUUAGGUACCGGAAGGUGAGAGAGAAAGCGUUGGCGGGUUGAGCGUUGUUGCAUUGCGGCCAGGGCCGCUAGAGCAGAAUAGCUCGGAACCUCGAAAGGGAAAAAAACAAUGAUGUAGUGUGGCAGCAGGAUUGUCCAAGCAAAAGAAAAAAAAAUAGGAUGAAACUUUAACUAAGGCGAUACGAUAUGCAUACACACACAGACACAGGAGAAAGCACCACAGAUUAAGUGAAAAAGAAAACCCCUGUACGAUAUCCAUCAAAGGAAGAUAACGAGUCAAGAGCAGCGUGAAAUAAACAGAAACGGAUACACAAAGUAAA